AUGCCGGGGCAGGAGAAGGUUGGGGGUGUGGUGGCAGGCGGCAGAGAGGAAGUGGAUCACAGGAGCUCCCACAUAGUGGAAGGUGUCGGGCAGGAAGUGGUGAAGGAACAGGUGGAGGAGUAUGACAAGGACGGGUACGCAGGCGUGUCACCCUGUGGCACUUAUAGUCUAGACUGGCAGGGAGAGCACCAGACGAGACCGGAGGGGAUUGUGGGGCAAGGAGAGGCCAUGUUCAAGUGCAGAGCAUGGGUGCGGCCCAACCUGGACCUCAAAUCAUGUCAUGUCUUCAGCUUUUGGACAAUAACAGCCUGA